AGUAUUGUGCUAAAAUUGAAUGUGUAGUAUUUGUUACUCCCAUCCAAUGUAGUUAAUAAUUGUGUGUUGUUUUGUUAUUUUGUGUUAUAAACCAUUUUUAGUAUUUUAGUUUUUCAAAUUUUUACGAUAUGAUUCAUCAGUGUUUGCGAGGAAGCACUGCGAUCAGUGCGAAAAUCCCAGAAGUGCUGUGUUUUCGUCGAGGAUUUUAAGGUUAUGCUUGUUUUUGUGAUAUUGUUUGAUGGCCAGGUCUAAUUUACUCUAAAUAGAGUUUCUCGUACACCGUGCAAUUUGAUUCCAUCAGCUGUCUACUCGUAGAAAAGUGGAAGUGAACCUGCUAUGGAUGAAGCAGUCAUCAGAAAAGAAAAUGAGACCGAAGAAGAAGACGACGACUCGGAAGAAGAGACGGAAGAAGAAAACGGGAACAACAACGACGGGGUGGGAGAGGGGCGGGUAGAGGAGGAGGAGGAAGACGACGACGAUGACGACGUCGACGACCUGGUGUCGGCCAUCAACUACAACACCAUCAACUCCUUAUCGGCGCUCAAGGAGAUCCUCGGGGACAGCCAGGAGAGCGAGCCCUGGUUCCAGCACUACUUCCUGCGCCACUGCAACCGGUUGCCCUCCCGGAACCAGCAGUACCCCGACUUCCCGCGUCGACGCCUCUCCGAGUGCAAAGAGGAAGACGAGUCCGUCGACGAGAGGGGCGACUCCCCGAAGACCCAUACGACGGGCUCCUUGACGCCGACCAACGAAUCAACCCCGACACCCACCCCCACGCCGACGGGGACGGUGACGACGAUCAAGACCUGCGGGAACCACACGUUCACGGUCUCGGCCUGCGAGAAGGUCUCGGAAUCGACCGGGACCAACGCGAGCAACACGUCGUCCGAAACGACGUCCACGUCGGCCACGCCCAACUCGUCGAUGCCCUCGACGCCGAUGAGGUCCAACCAGUCGGACACGCCGCCCCUCUCGCCGAGGGUGAGCAGGGCCGCGUCCCCGCACCUCGACAAGAAGUUCUUCGACUCCUCGCUCAUCGAGAUGAAGUCCCAGGCCUCGUCGUCCUCCACCAUCGAUAAUGACUCGUCCGAGGACAUCUGGGUCAAGCGCAUCGAUUUCGAUUCGUUCAAGAAGAGGGAGUUGGGACCGGAAGAUGUGGACGGCCGCAGUAGUAUGACCCACUAUGGCGGACGCAGAACUCGAACGGGUCCAUGGGGAAUCGUUCAGUUGACGCCUUACCAUACGGUCCACGCCCCCACUUACGUGCCUCCCCCGAAGACAAGCGCCGAACGGCGAUUGUCCAACGAUGAUAUUUUGGUAUCGACCGCCUCAUCAAGAACCUCAGCUCAAUCGCCUCGUCGGCACCCGACCAUCUUCGACGUAUUCAGGCCCCGCUCCAAGUCAGAUGCAACGAAAACCCAGAAUAAGAAAACCGGAUCCAAUUUUAUCUCUCAGAUGAAAAACGCUGUCCAGAAUUCGUUGAUGUCGCCUGGGUCCUCGAGUCGGACGUCUGCGAGCAGUAGUGCAUCGAAUUCCUCCAACGAGGCGUCCAUCGAAUCUCGCUCUCAGUCGAACUCCUCGGAACAUUCGCUGUCGAAACAGAAACGGAACACCGGUCACGCGGACCAUACUAAAGCGAGCGGUGAUUCGGCGGGAAGCAGACCGCGCGCCGGCUCGGAUAGCACCACCCUACCACGUGGCCCUGUUUCCAAAAUGAUGGACAUGUUCCGUCACCGCUCCAACUCUGCUGUCUCGGAGUCGGAUAAACGACGAUCGAAAGCUGCCGCAGCCUUGCACAUCACCUCGCAAGGCAUACGAAGGAGUUCUGAUGCUGAUAGGAGACGAAGUUCUCUAGGAACCGCAACCGCUCAUAGAGGCUCUGACGCUAGUCUAGACCCUCACCAUGCUGCCAUUCUUUUUAGGGAUUCUCGAGGCUUGCCUGUUGCUGAUCCAUUUUUAGAAAAAGUUGAUCUUACUGAUUUAGAAAAAGAUGAAAGUCAAAUUUUUGUUAAGUUUUUCAAAUUCCACAAGUGUUACGAUCUGAUUCCAACAAGCGCAAAACUAGUAGUUUUUGACACUCAGCUAUUUGUGAAGAAAGCUUUUUUUGCUCUUGUCUAUAAUGGUGUAAGAGCUGCUCCUCUGUGGGAUAGCCAGAAGCAAGAGUUUGUUGGAAUGCUUACCAUAACCGACUUCAUUAAAAUUUUGCAAAUGUACUACACAACAUCCUCAAAAACCAUUGAUGAACUAGAAGAACACAAAAUAGAUACUUGGAGAGUAUUACAGGGGCAAGAAAGAACCCUUGUGAGUAUUGGUCCAGACUGUUCCUUAUAUGAUGCCAUUAAAACAUUGAUCCACAAUAGGAUACAUCGAUUGCCAGUAAUUGAUCCAGUGACUGGUAAUGUCCUCUACAUUUUAACUCACAAAAGAAUUUUGCGGUUUUUGUUCCUAUAUAUUCAUGACCUACCAAAACCUAGUUAUCUCUUCAAAACGUUACGUGAAUUGAAAAUUGGCACUUUUGAAAAUGUCGAGACAGUUGCAGAGGAAACCUCCAUUAUUUUAGCACUAAAAAAAUUCGUCGAAAGACGUGUUUCUGCUUUACCCAUGGUUGACCCCCAAGGACGUCUUGUAGAUAUUUUUGCAAAAUUCGAUGUGAUUAAUUUAGCUGCUGAAAAGACUUACAAUAACUUGGAUAUCUCACUGAAAAAAGCCAACGAGCAUCGAACAGAAUGGUUUGAAGGUGUUCAAAAAUGUACCCUAGACGAAACUUUACUUUCAAUAAUGGAAAAAAUAGUUAGAGCAGAGGUUCAUAGAUUGGUGGUCGUAGAUGAAGAAGACAAAGUCAUUGGAAUAUUAUCUUUGUCAGACUUGCUCUUAUUCUUAGUCCUAAGGCCAUGUGGUGAAACUGUUGACGCCUCAUCUCUUCGUGAUCAAGAGGCCCCUACAAAUGUCUUAGCAAGUCAAAAUUCAACUGAAGAAACAAUACCUGAAGAAGAAGUAGACCAGGUGAGUGAAGCUAGUGAGACUAGUCCUCCGCGCUCUCCAUCACCUACGAUAACCACAGCGGCAGCUCAAUCACCUGAUACUGGAUGGCGUGAAGUCACCGUAUCCGGAGGCGAGUGAGCACAUUCAGAAAUAAGCCACUGAAAAUCAGUGAUUGGUGCCCAAUUAUUACGAACCUCUGAAGACUCAAGUGGGAAACUUGGUCAAGUUCUGCUGAAAUGUUGGUGUUGAAUGUCUCACCAUUCUAUCUGACUCAUUUUUUCCCCAUUUUCACCAUCGUUUUUCUUUGAAUGCAUUUCAGUAUUUUGCCCUGAAAAGGCUCAUAAUUGUCAAGCUGUGAUGACAAGUAAUUAGUUUGUGAACAUGUAUUCAAUCUUAAAUGUUUAUGGCCUACAUUUCCAUUCCUUUCUUUAGUAAAUUAACUAAAAACACCUAAACCAAAAUGUUUGAUUGAUUAUGAAUUUUCAAAGAAAGGGUUAGCCAUUAAUAAAUCUAUAGUAAAGAAAAUUUCAUCUCACAUUGUAAUUUUGACGGGAGGUUAAGAAAAAACUCAAUCUCUCCAAUAUUUUUUUUCUAAGAUUUUGUUAAUUUUUUGUAUUUUUCUAUUAAAGAUGUAAUAAUCAGAAACAUGUAUGAGAAGUUAUUUUGAAUAAUUAUAUGUUCUCAGCGUUAAACAUAAAGCUCCCUCAAAUAUCUUUAGAACUCUAGAUACUUGCAAAUAAACUGGUUUUGCCUUCAUUUGUGAGAUAAACUGAAGGAAACUACAAGUCUUUUUUUUUUUUUUUUUUUUUUAAAAAAAACAAUUACUUGAAAUUUGUGAACUGUGAUAAUGAUGUUUGCUUGUAAUUGAGUAAAUUUGUAGUACCUUAAUGUAAAGAAUCUUGUUCAAAUUCAAUUUUGAUGCAGUGAUCAAGAUAUUAGUGAUGAUGGAGUUGUAAAUUAAGUAUGGGUCCCCUCACAGAUUUCUUACUGUCCAAGCCAUUCCUGAAUGGCUGGCUCCAAGCUUUUACUGAUGGAUGUUAAUCAGCCUCCUUGCCUCUGACCAGAGUUGUACAUAAUUUUGAACCCAUCAAAUACAAGUAGUCCUUUACCAAAAUGUUACAGUUUUUAUCAGUCUAUAAUGAGAUAUCCAUUACAAGAUCCUUCUGAAAAAAUUAUGCAUCAAGAAAUUUGUCAAUUUUUUCCUCUUUUUUUUUAAAACAUAAUUGUAAUUUAAAAUAAAAGAUGAUUUAAAAAAUAAAAAAAAAACCUGAAAAUUUUGUAAAAGUGGAUUCUUAAAAGAACAAAUCAAAUACAAACAUGCCUGUUUAAAUUUGUAAGAUCUCAAAAUAGAGAUAUGGUACCAUUUUGGCAUAAUAUCAUACUAGUCCUGCCUACUUUCUGUAUGGAAACCUACAGUUUCAGUUUAAAGGUUGAAAGAAGCAGAUUUGUAAGCAAUGUAGCUUAGUAUCAUAUAUUCCUCAUAGGAAUGAAAACUCAGUAAGUGAAUUUGCUUAUCAUAAAUGUUAACCCCACUCCCUUUUUUCUCAAAAGUUGAAGCAAAUUUAAUUUCUGUUUCAUGCAUGCUAAAUUCUAUAGUAAUCUUUAGUUUUUUUAAUAUUUAUUUAUUUUUUUUCUCAAUGGCUUUGCCUAAUUGAUGAUGCGUAUGUCACCAUUUUUUCCCAUUGUGUAAGUAUCUUAUUUUUCAUCCCAUUGUAUAUUCUGCAGAAUAAUUUUUUUUUUUUAAUGUUCCCCUGUUCUAGAGUAAGAUUUGAAUUAUUUUCACUAAUUUUGUAUCACUUUAUUCACUUUACCUGCAUUUUUGAGAGGUAGAUGGGAACUAGUUUCAACUAAAUAAGUAUAAAACACUCCACCUCUGUGCUUGAAGAUAUCAAUCAUACACCUGCUAAUUUAAGGUCAGUUUUGAACAACUGGAAAGAAGUUGAUCGACAGAGCUCUGUCAUUGGUAAAUUAUGGCGUUCCCUUUUUUCCUUCUCUGCUUGUCUCCAUUAUAUAUUUUCUAAGUAUUUGCGUUCCAAAAUUUUGUCUCUUACCAUGUUGCAGCAUUUUUAGCACUGAAGGACAUAAAUUUUACUAAAUAGUGGUAUUAGAAGUGAAACUUUCAAGUGAAUAAUAGUACAGCUAAACUUCCCGUUAGCAUGAAAGGAAUGCUUGCCUUUAAAUUCCAGGUUUAAAGAAUUUUAUCGAGACUCAACUAAACGACCAACCAACAACGAAAAAAUAGUGUCAUCGUUGCCAACACGUGCCAACUACUUUCGAAGGAGUUGAUGAAAACUUCAAAAAAUCCAUGUGCAAUCUAGACAUUUUAUCAAUAUUUAAUAUUUCAAUUUUAUUUUUUCUUCACUGCCAAUAAUUUACUUUUGUUUUGAGUCAACAGAACUUGAUUUUUGUCUUUUAUGUUCUUUUACAUAAAAUAUCAAGAAGUAUGAAGAAUACAAAAUUUGUAUUGCCAUCAUUGUUUUGAAGCUUAAAGUAAUAAAACUCUUUGAGCUGAUUGAAUGUGGAGCUUGUAAUAAGUUGUUUUGGAACGAGUCUUUUUGUUUUAUUUUUUGUUUGUGAUACAGCAAAUUAAUAACAGUCUCUUUAAGAUGCAAAUAUUCAGAACGUAACUUUUCUUUUACCAAAAUGGUAGAUUUUUAAACAAUUUGAUCAAAAUCAGAAACUACAGAAAAUUUGACCCGAGUAAAUACCAGAAAGUCCAAAAUUGAUUCAUUCCUGUCCAAAAUGCUGACUUUUUAAGUAAAGGAACAGAGUUCUCAAUAAUUGAAUGCUCUGUUGCUAAAUUGAUGUAGAGGCCUGGGGAAAAGGUGUUUUUAUUUACAAUUGACUUCCAGGAAUUUGGUUGAUGAAAUUCAGAUUCCUUGGGGUCAAUUGCCUGCUCAACGAAGCGGACCUCAACUUUGUUGAACCUUAAAUAACCGUGAGAAGAAUCUGGUACGGGUGGUCUGGGACACUACGUGUACAUAUCUUUUAUUCCCAAUGAGGAGGAACUUUCAGAAACUUUAUUUGGUUACUAGCGCACCAAUUUUCCUCUCCAAAAACAAAUUUACUUUGGGACACAAUUCAAAAUAAUCAAACAUAUUUUUUUCAAUAUGUGGUGAAUUGUGUGUGCGCCCCUCUCUCUCAACAGCACUUUCAACUCAGCCAGCUACACAGUUUUUCCAAGUUCAUAAACUUGUAUGUAAUAAGUAUGAAUGUUUACCUGUAAUAAUCAUAUCAGAAGAAGCAGAGAGUUAGAAAGAAAGACAUGGUAAUGGUGCUCUAACAUAUUAAUGUAAACUUCAUCAGAUAAUAUUGAUUUUGAGCAGUUAUCAUCUUGAAUUAACCGUUAUUUCAACUUUCUUCUUAAUACUUUCACAAUGAACAAUUACUUAUAGAAGUAGCCAUUGCAUCAGUAAGUUUCAUACCCAGUUGUAAGGAGGUGUAUCUGGUAAUAUUUUCUACAAUUAACUGCAAAGUAGUAUUAUUUAAUAUAAUAUUGUACAUAGGACCCUCAUAAACUACUUUAAUUCUAAAUCAUGCGUUAACAGAUUUUUUUGUAACAGAUAAUUGCAAAGAAUUGUGGCUCUUUUUUAUCUAAUAGUUUUUCUUUUUUUAUUUUUAAUUAAAUUUAAGCAUCAUUGUUUAAUUUAUUAAAUAAUUCCCUCAUCCAAUUUUUUUGUGUUUCACUUGCAUUUUCAAUCAAGUUUAAGAAAUUAUUUCACCUUUAGGCUGUGCCUUUAUAAACGUGAAGAAGCUCAUAACAUAUAAAUUAUACAUAGUGCAGUAUUUAUAUUGUGUUUGCUUUGAAAACUAUGAUAGCCAAAAGUUUUGUCAGUAUUUAUUCUAUUAUUUGUUGUUUAGAAUCUGCUGGCUGUACAUUUAUUGUUUCAAAAACUGUCGAUGUAGUGUUAAUGACCAAUGCUUCUUUUUUCAGUGGCUAAAUUAUGUCUGUUACACUAUGAAUAGUUUAGUCCUACCUAUUUUUUCUCUUAGUGAAAUUAUAGAUUCCUUGUAAAAAUUGUACCUGUAAAUACCUUCCAGGUUUUAUUUAUUUUGUUUAAAAUCAUUGCUUCAGAUGUCUCCAAAAUAGUAAAAGCAAACUUUCAAAAGGUUCAAAGAGCUCACUCUAAGGUCAUUGAUAUAAUUCAUUUACAUGGGUCAAACAACUGCCUUUGUUGUUAAAUCAAUUGAAAAAAAAGGCCAACCGAAUUUCUCAACUUUAAUUUUUCUUUUUUUUGUACCAGUUAAAAUUUCACUCAAUUUAAAGGAAGGAUGCCCAAUGAAGGUCAAAAUUGACCUAUUUUCAAUUCUGUGGUCCCUCUCACCCCCCAUGUCAGGUCCCUCCCCAGAGGCAGUCUUCGAUAUCCCCCUCCCUUGUGGCUAGAGCACCUAAAGUUAUAUAGACCGUUCCUGAACAUAGGUCUGAAAACCGAAGUGGCCAUUUUUUUCUGGUUUUUUCAAAUUCAAUGGGGUUUUCUGACAGAGUAGAAGCUCGCCGCUAGUUUAGAGAUGUCAAUGGACACAAAAGCCUCCUGUAAUACCUCUGUACCAUGGUUAUAAAACAAAUCAAAACAAAAAAAAGAAAAACAAAAAAAAACCCUUCCCAGAAAAUUAUAUUCCUAUCCUGAUGAUUUAAAGACACCAAAGCUUAAUGACUACAAAUCUGCCAAGUAUCAAAAUUAGUGAACAAAUGCUAGAAAAUUACUUCUCACAAUCAAUCCCAGCUGCAUUAAGGCAACAAGUGUAUGAUUUUGCUCCAUAAAAAAUUGUAUGCAACUUUCUGUAACUAAUCAAAGAUUUAUUGAACUAAGUCUAGGAUUACGAAGGUUUCCAUAAAGAGGGAUAAGUUAUUAGUGAACUUUAAAAAACCGGGAAAGACAGGGAAUUUUAUUGGUGGUUGAGUAAUUUUUUUAUUGAAAAUUUUGCAAAGGUAAUUUAUAGAAUUACUGUCUGGUUUUGAUAAUUUUUUAACAUUUUUUCUUUUUUCUUUUCUAAAUUGUCAGAGAAUUUUGGUAAAGUCACAAAAAGUCAGAGAAUUUGGGCUUAUAAUUAUGCAAAGUCAGGUAAAGUCAAAAAAAUAUGCAUUAAAUUGCACAAAUUAAAUUGUACAAAUUGCCUUAACUUGUGAUCCUUAUAAUUAAUAAGGUACAUGACUACCUCAAUAUCUAAAAUGAGUCAUUUCCUGCUCUCUUCCAUCCUCCUUUCUCCUUCCAAUGUUGUCUUGUUGUUCCAUUGUUGUCCUUCCAAGUAUCAAUGUUGCCAUAUUCCAAAGCAAUGAAUUUAAUCUAGACUCAAAAUAAUAGAAGUUUAGCACUUUCUAACUCGUAAUUAUCAUGGGAGACUAUUUGGGGACGGAAUGACCUGUUUAUCUAUAAUUUAACCUGUACAGCAGUAUUCGCCGUUGUAAUUGGGAUUCAUUAAAAGUAUAAUCUCUGCUAAAUGCGGAAGGAAGUGGAGUGAGUAAAUAUGGUCAAUUUGAGUUAUUGAGGUGGUCUUGUGACUGUCUAUCAAUUUAGGGCCCUGAUCUGUAUUGUGCAUUUGUCAACCAAUCAUUUUGUUUUUCCAAGUUUUGAUGUUCGCCAACUUAUUGUUCCAGUGGAUCUCUUCUGAAUUUUCGAAUUCAUAGAAAGUUGCAUACACUUUUUGAAACUGAGUAACCGUAUACUUGUCUCCUUGAUGCUUCUAUGGUCAGACAGUAUGCAAACACUGACUUAAUUCACUUAAUGAAUCAAAUCACAUCAUAAAGUACAUUGAAGUCUAUUUUUUUUAAAUUUCUGCACC